AUCACACGUGCAACUGCUUUGUUUUGUUUACAUAUUUUGGUCUUCAAAAUGAGCACUGCAAGCCAACAAAAAGUGGUAAUAAAUAAACGGGUAAAAGGACUGCCACGAGAGGCUUUGGAAAAACUAAGCCAAAAGGAACUGAUCGACAAGAUAGUCCAGCUGGAAGCGUAUAAUUUUCAGCUCCGAAAUCUGCUUCAGAAAAAGAUCACUGAUCAGGAUAAGAACAAUGAGGAGUACGCCGUAUUAUUUGGCAAGGACGCGGAUGCUACGGAUGCCACGGGAUCCAAAGAGCCGAAAACAACAAGCCGCGCCCAGCAGCGAAAAUUCGAUUGGAGCAAUGCCCACCGUCGUCAUGUUCUGCUAAAGGUUAGCUACUUUGGCUGGGAUUAUCAGGGUUUGGCCUGCCAGGAGGACUCCAACGACACUAUUGAAUCCCAUUUGUUUCGUGCUUUGACGCGGACGUGUCUCAUUGAAUCCCGCGCCACAUCCAACUAUCAUCGUUGCGGCCGCACCGAUAAGGAGGUGAGCGCUUUCUGCCAAGUGAUCUCCAUCGAUUUGCGCAGCAAACACCCGCCCGAAAGCCAACUGGAUGCCACAUCUGUGUCUUCCGAAAUCGACUACUGUGGACUUCUGAAUCGCGUCUUGCCCAAGAACAUUCAGUGCGUGGCCUGGAUGCCUCUGCGUAGUCCUGUUUAUAGUGCACGUUUUGAUUGUGUGGCUCGUAGCUAUCGUUACUAUUUUCCCAGGGGUGACCUGGAUAUUCCCGCCAUGCAAGAGGCCUGUAAUUACCUGGUAAGGCAUGCUGACUUUCGAAAUUUCUGCAAAAUGGAUGUGCACAACGGAGUGACGAACUACACCCGAAACUUGCAGUCGGCCAGGGUGGAGGCUUGCGAGGAAAGACUUACUGAUUCCGGCUACGACAUGUACUUUUUGGAAAUUCAAGCGAAUGCCUUUCUGUGGCACCAAAUACGAUGCAUUAUGGCAGUUUUACUGCUGGUGGGUCAGAAAAAGGAGAAACCGAGCGUUGUUAACGAUCUGCUGGAUGUGGAAAGCAAUCCUUGCAAGCCCCAGUACACGCCGGCUCUUGGUUUGCCUCUAAAUCUCUUCCGGUGCGACUUUCGAGACAAGACAACGAGGAGUUUAACGCAUCCGGAAGACGCAGGUGACGAUGCCAUGGACACAGGCCCAGAGGAAGGGGGACCCGGUACUGAUGAUAAUCCUUCAAAAGAAAGCGAUGUCACCGAAUGGGUGUACAAUGAGGAAAAUCUCCAAAAGCUCAUCGAAAACACUCAAUGCGAGUGGGCACAAUUCAGUGUUAAGAGUACGAUGAUUCGGAAUGUACUCCAACAAUUAGAGAAACUCUUGGAGGAUAACUUUAAGACCGCAGAAAAGGUUCAGGCGCAAGUAAUCUUGCUGCAGGAUUCAGUCAAGCCACGUCAAUAUCAGCCGCUCCUGGAGCGCAAGCGUUGCGAGAGCCUGGAGAACCGUAUAGAGCAUUUUGUCAAGAAGCAAAGGUUGAUCGUGAAGUAAGAUAAGGUAACCCAUAAUAAUAGAU